ACGCACCGGCUGCAGGGAAGGGAUCCAGUGAAAGUCAAACACAGCCGGAGGUGCACCGGACUUGUUUCCAGGACAGAUCUCAGCACUGAGGCUAACGGGCUGCUUCUUGCAGCACCAAGCCGAUGCAUGAAAAAACAGCUCUCCUGAAGGGUCCCGAGCCCAUGCAUGGCCGUGAGAAACUGGAGGCAUCCCACAAGGAGAAGAAUUUGGAUUCCCUUGACAGCAGCCUCCACCUGAACGAAGCCCUGAAGGAUGAAGACAUCAAGAAAUGCCACCGGGAAGUGGCUGCUAGCAAGUACAAUUCCCAGUACCACAAGCUAUUCAAGGACAUCCCAACGGAGGAGAGCGUGCUUAAAGUUUGCUCCUGUGCACUUCAGAGAGACAUCCUCAUCCAGGGAAGGCUUUACAUCUCCCCUAACUGGCUCUGCUUCUAUGCAAACCUUUUUGGGAAGGACAUCAAGGUUGUGAUCCCGGUGGUCUCUGUACAGCUGAUAAAAAAGCACAAGACAGCUCGACUGCUGCCUAAUGGCUUGGCCAUCACUACCAGCUCCAGCAGAAAGUACAUCUUUGUUUCCCUCAUCUCCCGUGACAGCGUCUACGAUGUCUUGAGGAGGGUCUGCACACACCUGCAGGUUUCAAGUAAGAAGAGCUUGAGUUUGAAGGAGCUGGCAGAGGAGCCUGACGCCGUGUCGCUGGAGGUGAUUGUCCCCGAAGGCAAGUGGAGCAAGGUGUCACCCACUUCACUGUCACUGUCACUGCCAGACACUGACUACCAGUGCAUCCACCGGACCUCCGGCAGCAGCCUGAGUGCCAAGGAGAGCUCCUUCACCUCCGAGGAGCCCCUGGUUUCAGAAAGUGCAAUAAACACCGAGGAAGAGCUGGAAGUGGAGCAGAACUACGUGGCAGAGCUCAGACCCUCUGACUACCAGCUCCUGAAGAUCUUCAUCGUGCUCAUCUGCCUCCUGGUUGUGUCCUCCUCAUACCUGGCGUUUCGCAUCUUCCGGCUGGAGCAGCAGCUCUGCUCUCUGAACCGGGACUACCUCUCCCGCGGGCACAGGAGGUGAGGGACCCUCAGGAACACUUUGGGGCAGGUGACUGUUGCCCCUGGCACUGGCUGAGGACAGACGCCAAGAUGGUGGCACCUGGAUCCCGGUGCUGCAUCCUCCCAGCCGUGGCUGUUGCAGGUGGCAUGGCUUUCCCUUGUCUGGUAAAAUGGGACUAAAUAUCUUCUCUUUGUCUACUGGCACCCGCUCCUGGAGGCACCACCUGGCUAGGUCACUGCCACUGAUGCCAAAUCUCCAUCUCGCUGGACAUCUCUUUUAUCCCUGGGAUGCUGCUGUGCUGUAGCACCGGGUGAUGGCUCAGCGCUGCCAAGUGCUUGAACCUCCCUUUAGGACUUGCUGCUAAAAUGGGCACCGGGUUUUAUUCCAAACUUGGGGUUUUCUUGUUACAAGAGGACCUUGGCCUCACUGGGAAAUGCCAGAACAUGUGUAUAAGUUUCUGCUGUUGCUGUGGCUGAAGCCUGGGCAGCAGCUCUGGGCUGAACCCUCCUGUUCAUUCCCUCUUGUGGCCCCUCGGGCCACAACCAGGCCCCUAACCCUGUGGCAAUGGGGAGAAAAGGUCCUUCAGCCCCGUGGGGCAUCGCCCAUCCCAGCACCCAAGGGUAGGGGUACAACUGAGGGCCCCCCUGGCUCCGCUGGGCUCUGUACUGGCUCCCGCGCUUCUCCCCUGGAGCGCCGGGCCAUCUCGGGGUAAGCACACGUGUGCGUGUGUGUCCCCUGCAAAGCACUUUAGGGUCUUCCGGACCAGGUGCCAUUGCUGGGGACCGCCCCGGCAGCGGUGCCGGACCAAGGCUUCAUUAGUCCCGCUUGCCUCGUUACGACGUGCCCGUGGGUGGCAGCGGUUAGCGUCCUAGAUCGCAGCUGGCUGUGCCCUGGGCUGUGUUAACCUCAGCGAGCCCAGUGCCGCAGGAUUUGUCCGGUUGCCUCCCCCAGGAGCGGCUGGGUCAGCAGGUAUCACCUGUGUGAUUCCUUUUGGUUUUCUUACCUAUACAAGUGCUGAUGGGGCCAAAUCCCCCGGCCCUGGGGAAGAGCUCAGUGCUGCCCCAGCCUCGGGAUGGCUUUUAAAUGAAAAUAAACCCAGGAUUUUCUAGCA